AUGGCACCCAGGAGGAAUGCUUAUGAUGCUGAUGGUGGCAAGAAGAAGAAGAAACCUGAAAAUGAUGUUACCUGGAAGUUAAAGAGCAAGCAAGGGAAAGGUGCAGCUGAAUUAAAGACAAAUGAGUCUUUGUUGAAGUGUCAACUUGAGGUCUCGUCAUCACUGCUGAGCAGAGAGUCGUGGGCCCAGAGUGAGCUCGACAAACUUUACAAGACUGCUUGUCUCGACCGCUUGGAACAAACAAUCAAGUACACCUUUAAAGAAAAAAGCUUCAUUGUGCAAGCUGUAACACACAGCUCCUACACACUCAACAAGGUGACUGACUGCUAUCAGAGACUGGAGUUUCUAGGUGAUGCUGUGUUGGACUACUUGAUUACUGGUCAUGUCUACUCUCACUUCACUUCAUAUUCACCAGGACAGAUAUCUGACUUAAGGUCAUACUACGUGAAGAACGAGACACUGGCCAAGGUUGCUGCUGAGAUGAAGUUCAACAGACAUCUACUCCACAUGGCUCCCAAGCUCUCUAUCUCUAUUGAAAAGUUCUUGAAGCUCAUACAAGAUGAUUAUGAGGAAGACACUCUCAACACUGAGGAUGAUGCAGUGGAUGCUGAGGACGUGGAUGUUCCUAAGGUGUUGGGUGACCUGGUCGAGUCUGUCAUUGGUGGUGUUUAUCUUGACAGCGGCAGAGAUCUUCAAAAAACAUGGGGAGUAAUCAGAGUGUUACUGGGAGAGUCGUUGAAUCAUUGCCUGGUAGACGUCCCCGUCAACUGUGUUCGUCAACUUAUUGAGCUAGUCAAUGAGGUCCUGCCCACUCAACCCAAGUUUGAGAAAGUUCCUCGGCUCAAAAAUGAUGAGGAUGCCAAGUACCUCGUGAAGAUUGAUGGUUUACCAGACGUGUGUGGCAAAGGCAAGAAUUACAGGACAGCAAAGAUAGCAGCAGCAAAAUUGGCUAUUCGCAAGUUCCAAGCACAUAUGUCUGAGUGGAACAUGUUACUUGAGUACGCUAGCUCAGCGUCUCAGUGAUUGUGGUGUACAUAUACAUACACACACGCUGACUGAAUUCCCAGCACCCACACCAGGGCCAGGAACUAAGAUUCAACCUCACUACCCUCAAUGGGGCCUAAAAAAAUAACAGCAAGGGUCAGUCUCACUAUAAUAGCAGGAAGGGUCUGUCCUACCAUAAUAAAUCAUUUGUUCAUCAAAAAUAUUUAAUAUCAGCAUUCCUCAGAAAUG